UGCCAAUUGCUUUGGGAUCGACGAGAUAUAACAGGGGCAUUAAAGGUUCUUGAAAGAGGAGUGAAUGAAAUAUUGGGCGAUGUCCCUGUUUCUUCGGUUGGUAAUAAUCAUAUAAAAACAACACCCAAAGAGAUUCGUUUCAUACAAGCAGAAGGUAAGCGUCUUAUUGCUACAUACAAUGCUGAGGCGUCUAAUAUAUCAGCAACACUCAAUCGACGUUAUUUCAAAGAGGCAGUAGAUAUGAACCCGGAAAGUGAAGUAGCAUUAGUACAACUUGCACAAUACGUCGACAAAUUGUAUAGCUCGUGUCCAGCAGUCGAGCAAAAUUCAGCAAAUUGCUGGGAAAUGCUAUUUGAAGUAAUGAAGUGUUAUGGCAAAUCAAUGAUGUAUGGAUCAAACUAUAUUUAUCAAUCGAUGCCACGCGUAUUAAGUAUCUGGCUUGACUCUACUGCAAAGACGAUACCAAAAUCAAGUGAAGGCAUUAGUACUUCCUUGAAUAUGGCGCGAAAAAUCGCACAGUCAAUGAAUAAAUUGGCAAGCAAGUUCAAAGAUACAUUAUCGCCGUAUUUUUUCUUUACUGCUUUUUCCCAAUUAAUAAGUAGAGUUGCUCAUCCUUCCCAAGAAACGUUCAUAAUAUUGAAAGCCAUAAUUGUCAAAUUGCUCCUCUAUUAUCCUCAGCAAACUCUAUGGAUGAUUCUGAGCGUAUAUAAAUCAUCUUAUACCAUCCGGGUACGGCGAUGUGUAGAAAUAUUUAACGAUCGUCAGUUGCUGCAAGUAGAGAACAUGCAAAAGUUGAUAAAAGACUUUAAUGGAUUGGCUGAACGUCUUAUCGAGCUUACCAACAAAGAAAUUCCGGGAAAUCCAGGAGGCAUCAGACAUUCAAAACAGGCAAAUGUUACAGUUUCUAUCUUAGUGAAAGCUUUACCAAAACUGCUGGCUGAUAAAAACUUUUCAAAUAUUUUGAUUCCCAUUGAAAGAUGCAUACAACUAGUGCUGAAUAAAAAUACAGGGAUGAAUUUUCAACCAUACCCUACAAAUGCUAUAUAUAUUGCUGGAAUUUCCGAAGAAGUGACAGUGUUGCAUUCUUUGCAAAAACCUAGGAAAAUUUCACUCCGAGGCCAUAACGGCAAGCUUUAUACAAUGAUGAUGAAACCUAAAGAUGAUCUGCGAAAAGAUUUCCGUUUGAUGGAGUUUAAUGCAGUUGUUAAGCAAUAUUUAUCACAAGAUCCAGAUGCAAAAUUCCGAAGGUUACACAUACGCACAUAUGCUGUUCUACCUUUAAAUGAAGAGUGUGGUAUUAUUGAGUGGAUAUCAAAUCUGAACACAUUUCGCGGUAUCGUAUGCACGUAUUACAAACAGCGUGGACUGGGAAUGACGGCGAAAGAAUUGAGAAACUUUAAUUAUGAGCGCACAGAACCGCUUGCAAAGAAACGGCACGCCUUUGAAACUAUUCUUGUUCCGCGGCAUCCACCGUUAUUUAGUGAAUGGUUUCGAGAUUGUUUUCCAAAUCCCCAUAAUUGGUUUCAAGCUCGUUCGUCGUACAUAAAAACUACUGCAGUUAUUUCGAUGGUUGGUUACAUAUUAGGGCUUGGAGAUCGCCAUGGCGAAAAUAUUCUGUUUGAUUCUACUAACGGAGAUACUGUGCACGUAGAUUUUAAUUGCUUGUUUAAUCGAGGAGAAACAUUCACAGUUCCAGAGUUAGUGCCAUUUCGCUUGACUCAUAAUAUGGUAGAUGCAAUGGGACCUCUCGGAGUGGAAGGGCUUUAUCGGCGAUGCUGUGAAAUUGUUUUACGAAUUCUUCAAACCCAUGCAUCAACAUUCAUGUCUGUAUUGAAGCCUUUUGUUUACGAUCCCAUGGUGUCGUGGAGCAAGAUGACGUUUGCUCAAGGGGAAUCAAGCGAAAGGGAUAGCUAUUUAGAACGAACCGAUCCCCAAGCCAUGCACAAUGUGUUAAACAUUGAAGAAAGACUAAAAGGCUAUGUAAAAGUUAAUGGUAAAUUGUCACAUAAUCCACUAUCCAUUGAAGGGCAAGUAAACCACUUGAUUAAGGAGGCAACAGACAUAGACAAUCUAGCACAAAUGUACAUUGGUUGGUCUGGAUACACAUAACAAACAACAGCUAGAAAUCAUUUCAAUUAAACCGAAUACAUAUGUCUUUUCUGUACUAAUAACGAUGCGUGUUCUACUUUAAUUAAUCCAACAAAAUGAAAUUUCAAUCGGUCAGUGAAGUAGAGUUUUCCCCGGUACCAACCCUGGUACGAAAAUCCAUACGAUGUCGGUCUCAUCGGGCUCUAUCUGGGCGCCGAUUAACCUUCGUUUCUCUGACCAAAAAUACACCCUCAUCUUUAUGACCACCU